GCCACAGGUGCACACAUACGCAUUCGCCGUCAAUUGGCCACCGAUUUGAUUUGCCUGAUUUAGUGCUCAAAGAACUUUCAGCAAAUUGGCCCACUCGCCCCGAGGAGUAUUCAAGAGCAUAUCAUAAUGGGUUGUUGUUUAGGUACGAGUAAAUCUGUCGAUUUGCCACCUGUUCCACCGGCACCGGGCAAGCAGCGCUCGACUUUGCCGGAAUUCCCAGUCUCUGGAAACGUGACCACAACUCCUCCUGGAGGAUCUGGAUUUAAUGGAGUCACUAAUGCGGCCCUGGAAGACGACUAGACCUGGAUAAAUCAGUAAUUCAGCCCAAGAAAAUGAUUACGUAGAGGGAAAAUUUGUAAAUGAUCAAUUAGCAGAUUCGAUGAGUCACUAUCGUGCUGGAAGUCGGUUUCUCAGUUGACGAACUCUCGUACUUAUAGUUUUAGUAAAAAUAUGUUCUUAAUUGUUGUCAAAAUAUAAAACUAAUGAUAAACUAA